UUAAGAAUUGCGGAAAUGCACAGGAAUUAUUGUGAGAAAAGAUCUGCUUCGGAUCAACCAUCAGUGUCAUACGAUUAUUAUGCUACUAUCUUCAACACAAAAUUCAAUAUCGGAUUCUUCGUUCCGAAAAAAGAUCAAUGCGAUCUUUGUGAAAGUUAUAAAAAUACACUAGACAAUGAGAAAAUGGAACUGAAACAAAAGUAUGAAGAACACUUAGAAGAAAAGGAGCUUAGUCGAAAAGAGAAAGAAAGUGACAAAAGAAGAGCACAAGAUGACGAAAUUACAUUGGCUGUUUAUGAUUUACAGGCAGUGUUGCCUGUACCUGUAGGACAAUCAUCAGCAUUCGUCUAUAAAUCUAGAUUAAAUUGCUAUAAUUUCACGAUAACGGAAUUAGCCAAAGAUACAACAAAGGCAUUCUUUUGGCAUGAAGUAUUUGGAAACAGAGGAGCGAUAGAAAUAAGAACCUGCACUUUAAUGUAUUUGGAAGAACUAUCAAAAAGCCACCCAGGAUCGGAUGUAGUAUUUUUUUCAAAUAACUGCAUGGGGCAACAAAAGAUUAGGUAUAAGAAGACAUAAUUAUGAAAUUUCCA